AUGCCGGUCGUCAGUCCUGAAAAGCUGGCUAAGCUCCAGCAACAUGCUGAUGAUGUUCGAAAUAUUUGCAUUCUAGCCCAUGUUGAUCAUGGCAAGACGUCCCUCACAGAUGCCCUCAUCGCCACAAACGGCAUCAUCUCACCGAAGAUGGCCGGCAAGAUCCGGUACCUAGACUCGAGGCCGGACGAGCAACUCCGAGGAAUUACCAUGGAGUCUUCUGCCAUCUCUCUCUUCUUCAACAUGCUCAGGAGGUCCAGCCCUGAAGCUGCCCCUGAGCCGAAGGAGUAUCUCAUAAACCUGAUCGACUCGCCGGGCCAUAUCGAUUUUAGCAGUGAAGUAUCAACGGCCUCUCGUCUAUGUGACGGAGCUGUGGUUCUUGUAGAUGCCGUUGAAGGAGUGUGCAGUCAGACAGUCACUGUCCUUCGACAGAGCUGGACAGAAAAGCUAAAACCUCUUCUGGUCAUCAACAAAAUGGACAGGUUGGUCACUGAACUCAAGAUGACCCCAGGCGAGGCAUACAUACAUCUCAGCAAACUCCUAGAACAGGUCAAUGCUGUCUUAGGGAGCUUUUUCCAGGGCGAGCGCAUGGAGGAAGAUCUCAACUGGCGAGAAAGGAUGGAGGAAAGAGUCCAAGCCGCUGCCGCCAAGGAGGCCCAAUUAGUAGAUCAACAGAGCGAAUCUGGCGAGCUGCAAUUUGAAGAAAGAGACGACGAAGAGAUUUACUUCGCACCAGAGAAGAACAACGUUAUCUUUGGCAGUGCUAUCGACGGGUGGGCCUUCACAGUCCGACAAUUUGCAGGACUGUACGAGAAGAAGCUGGGAAUUAAGAGAAACAUCAUGGAGAAAGUGUUAUGGGGAAACUUUUAUCUGGAUCCGAAGACAAAGAAGGUUCUCGGGCCUAAGCAUCUCAAAGGGAGGAACCUGAAGCCCAUGUUUGUACAGCUUGUGCUGGAGCAAAUAUGGGCAGCCUAUAACGCCACCACUGGGGGAGAUCAUGGGAAGGGCGAUCCGGUAUUGUUGGAGAAGAUCACAAAAGGUCUCAACAUAACCAUUCCGCCACACGUCAUGAGGUCAAAGGACACGCGAUUGCUUUUGACCACUGUCUUCUCCUCUUGGCUCCCGCUAUCAACGGCGCUGUUAGUCUCAGUUGUGGAAUCACUCCCGUCACCGCGGACAGCGCAAGCUGAGCGUUUACCCGAACUCCUUGAUUCAUCACCUGGCUCAGACUACAUUGACCCCACUGUACGGGAAGCCAUGGUCAAAUUCAAGACAGCGAAGUCCGAUCCCGUUGUCGCAUACGUUAGCAAAAUGGUCUCCAUACCAGAAAGCGAGCUGCCACAAAAUAAGCGCCGUGGGCCACUCAGUCCAGAAGAGGCAAGAGAGCUCGCUCGAAAGAAGCGUGCAGAGGCAGCUAGGGCGCAAGCAGCGGUCGAAAGCGCUGGCCCCGUCGACGCAUUGGCUACCGCCCUAGAGACAGCGACCCUAGACGAGGAGCCCGCGAAAGAUGAGCAGGGGGCUGACCCUGAACAUCUCAUAGGCUUCGCUCGUAUCUACUCCGGUACUCUCUCCGUAGGAGAUGAGAUUUACGUCCUUCCUCCAAAGUUUUCUCCCGCACAGCCGAACCAAAACCCAGUACCAAAGAAAGUGACGGUUGAAGCACUUUAUAUGCUGAUGGGCCGAAAUCUAGAAAGCUUAGAUUCCGUUCCAGCAGGUGUAGUCUUUGGUAUUGGUGGCCUAGAAGGUUCGGGUAUCUUGAAGUCGGGUACUCUAUGUUCAAGGCUUGACGGUGCAGUCAAUCUAGCUGGCGUCGCGAAUAUGGGUGGUCGACCAAUUGUUCGAGUAGCUCUUGAGCCAGUCAAUCCCGCCGACCUGGACAAGAUGAUCAACGGACUAAAACUACUGGUUCAGAGUGACGCAUGCGCGGAGUACGAACACUUCUCCAGUGGCGAGCAUGUCCUGCUCACAGCAGGUGAGCUGCAUCUUGAACGCUGCUUGACGGAUUUGCGAGAGCGGUUCGCACGAUGCGAGAUCCAAGCUGGUGAGGCGAUUGUUCCGUAUAGGGAAACCACCGUCAGGGCAGAAGAGAUGCGGCCGCCGGUGAAUAAGGAACUUGGACGGGGAGCUGUCGUGGGUGUGACCAGCUCGAAGCAGGUGUCAGUCACUCUAAGGGUGAGGCCACUGCCUUCUGAAGUGACAGACUUCCUCAACAAGAAUGCCGGUGCUAUCAAGCAUCUGUAUUCGGGCGAGAAAGCCAGCAACGGAAUAGGGGCAAAUGGUAAUGAUGCCACACAGUCCAACGGGGAAGAAGAUACUAUCGACGAGGAAGCUGAUGUCACAGAGGCAAAGUGCCUGUCAGUUGAAGAUCUGAAGACCCAAUUGAAGUCUCUGCUAGAGACUGGUAAGGGUAGAGAGACGUGGAAGAACGUUGUGGACCAGAUAUCGGCAUUUGGGCCCAGAAGGAUAGGGCCGAACCUGCUGAUCGACAUGACGAAAGAGGGUUGUCUGCCAAAGGCAUUCGAUGCUGACGAGAACAGUGAUGACAGCCCCAAUGUAAAUGAGAAGCUACAUGGCCGGCACUUCUCCGACAAGAUUACAUAUGCUUUCCAGUUAGCCACCCAGCAGGGACCCCUUGCCCAUGAGCCAGUUGAAGGCAUCGCGGUCUUCAUUGACGAAGUUACCAUCAACACAGCAGACGAUGAGGCCUCGGCGAGAGACAGUCUAGGACGACUUACGGGAGAGGUGAUCAAGACUGUACAGCAAUCCAUUCACAAGGGCUUCCUGGACUGGUCGGCCCGCAUUAUGCUGGCCAUGUACUCCGUCGAGAUCCAAGCAAGCACCGAGGUUCUGGGUCGUGUCUACGAUGUCCUCACCCGCCGCCGCGGUCGUGUCCUAUCCGAGUCCAUGAAGGAGGGCACGCCGUUCUUCACGAUCCAGGCCGUCCUCCCCGUGGCCGAGUCCUUCGGGUUCGCCGACGAGAUGCGCAAGCGCACCAGCGGCGCGGCACAGCCGCAGCUCAUCUUCACGGGCUUCGAGGUGCUAGAUGAGGACCCAUUCUGGGUGCCGUUCACGGAGGACGACCUCGAGGAUCUGGGCGAGCUGGCAGACAAGGAGAACGUCGCCAAGAGGUACAUGGACAAGGUUCGUCGGCGCAAGGGUAUGAUGGUUGAGGGGCGGAAUGUGGCGCGGGAUGCGGAGAAGCAGAAGACGCUGAAGAGGUGA